AUGAUAUUGCUCAGUUUUAAUUUUAAUUUUGGACCAUCAUAUUUUAACAUACCAUGUACUACAGAUGCGAAGUACGUUUAUAGAGAAUGUCGAGCCAAGUGGUCAGAGUGGAUCGUCAAUAAAACUUAUCUUAUUCAUAAUAUUCCCAAUAUACCUGCAAGUGUAACGCAACGUAAUUGUACUUGGUUUACUGCACCCUGUAUUCGUAACCGACAGUGUCCUUGUGAAAUGUACUACCCACUGGAGUUGUCAGACGUUCAGUUACCUCGGAAAAGAAACCAUAUAUGCGUUCAGAAGAAAACAUGUGAUGUCUUAAUCUGUUCAUCAGUUGUCCUCAAAGGCAGUACUAUUUCCUCAUCAAAGUUAGUUUUGAAAUCAUACGAUUUUGAAGGGAAACAAAAUGAACGCAAAUCUUUAGUCGGAAUAAUUUAUGUGCCACUUGAUUACAAUACUCGAAAAACUUAUGAAAAGAAUAAAGUACAAUCAGAGGAAUCAGGUUUAAUAGAGAGUGAGGAAUACAUGGUCAUAGACGUUUCUAAUAAUUCUGUACACCCAGUGCAUGCCAAAAGCAGUUAUCCGUCAGCAAAUGGUCACAAUAUCGGCAACAACACUAACAGAACUCAAAAUGCUUUAACUCUCACUGGGAUUGUGCUACUUCCACUUUUAUUUUUAAUGCUGGUUGUAUUUUCUUUGUUUAAAAUUUUACCAAAAACUCGAUGUUUCGCCAGAAUUUACUUAAAAAAUAAUCAUCUACCAAAGGAAUAUGAUCUGAGAUGUCAAAGUUAA